AAUCAUGUCAUCGCCUGCAAGAUCCACAAGGUCAACGCCAAGCCGAAGAGCCUCAUCAGCUGUCCCUCCGACAUCUGAGUUGGCUCCUCCACCUUCUUCUUCUCCAAGACGGCGGGGCAUGCCCUCUUCUCCAGCUGUCCCUCCGACAUCCGAGUUGGCUCCACCACCAUCUUCUUCUCCAAGACGGCGGGGCAAGCCCUCAUCUCCUGCUGUCCCUCCGUCCAGCUCACCAAGUCGCAGGACAACUCGAUCCAAAGGCUCCGAGUCAUCUGAACUCCUCCCCCUGCCCCCUACUUCCCCCAGUGUGGGUGGAGACUUGCUCCCUCCUACAUCUCCUGCUCCUCAGUUUGCCCGUCCUUUGCCUGGUGUCUCCGAGGCUGAUCUCUCGUCACCUCUGAACUAUGGCACCCCUAGCAGCGUUGGCUCAAUGCGCACACCUCGGUCAGGCGUGCGUGGCACUCCUAUCAGACCUCGUCCUGACAUCAGAACAGACAGGCGCGUCAGACAGGUUGCUGUAGGUAGUGAAGCCGCAAGUGCUGAUGGCAGUGCCACGCCUGGUCCUGUCACUCCAGGGUCUGUGGCCGCCCCAGGCACUCAGCAUGCUGAAGGGCCACAGCUCGUAAUUUGGGGCACUGACGUUGUGGUGAGCGAGUGUCGAGCACGCUUCCAGGAGCUUAUCCGCACCUUCAUUGUGCCUGCCGACGAUCUGGCUGAUGACGCAACUCCCUCCCACUUCAGCUCCACUGAACCUCUCUACCUGCAGAAACUCGAACUCAACUGCCGUCACUUGCAGUUGUUUGAUCCUGAUCUCUACCGACAGCUUAUCUGCUAUCCUCAAGAAGUAAUCCCUACAUUUGACAUGGCCAUAAAUGAGGUAUUUUUUGAGCGUUACCCUGACACCAUCUUGGAGCAUCAGAUCCAAGUUCGUCCCUACAAUGCAGACAAGACGCGUAAUAUGAGAGCUCUCAACCCUGAAGACAUUGACCAACUCAUAACCAUAUGUGGCAUGGUUAUCCGGACGUCUAACAUCAUACCAGAGAUGCGCGAGGCUUUCUUCAGAUGCCAUGUGUGUGCAUUCACUGCUUCUGUAGAAAUUGACCGUGGGCGAAUCGCCGAGCCAACUUUGUGCACUCACUGCAACACGUCGCACAGCUUCACAAUGAUCCACAACCGUUCGCAUUUUUCUGAUAAGCAGAUGGUCAAGCUCCAGGAGGCACCAGAUGAUAUGCCCGCUGGUCAAACUCCCCACAACGUGCAACUGUUUGCCCACAACGAUCUUGUGGACAAAGUACAGCCUGGUGACCGCAUCUCGGUCACGGGUAUUUACCGCGCCGUGCCUCUGCGUGUCAAUCCUAGAAUGAGGAACGUAAACGCAGUCUACCGCACUCACAUCGAUGUCGUCCAUUACAGAAAGAUGGACGAUAAACGACUGCGUGGCUCUGAAGAUGGUGACCAAGUACGUUUGAGUCCCGAGCGCUUGGACCUGUUGAAAGAAGUGUCACGCAAGCCCGACGUGUAUGAAAGACUUGCGCGAGCUAUUGCACCUUCCAUCUAUGAGAACAUGGACAUUAAAAAGGGCAUUCUCCUUCAGCUUUUCGGAGGAACUAAAAAGGACUUCACUAAUGCCGGCAAAGGCCACUUCAGGUCUGACAUCAACAUCUUGUUGUGCGGUGACCCUGGCACUUCCAAAUCACAGCUGCUGCAAUACGUGUACCGUCUAUUGCCUCGCUCUCAGUACACCAGCGGUAAAGGCUCAUCCGCUGUGGGUCUAACGGCCUACAUCACCAAGGACCCUGAGACGAGGCAGCUCGUGCUGCAAACCGGUGCUCUCGUUCUUGCUGAUAACGGCAUUUGCUGCAUUGACGAGUUCGAUAAGAUGUCUGACUCAACUAGGUCUGUGCUUCAUGAGGUGAUGGAACAACAAACCCUUAGCAUUGCUAAGGCUGGCAUCAUUUGUCAACUCAAUGCCCGCACCUCAAUCCUGGCUGCAGCUAAUCCUGUCGAGUCGCAGUGGAACAAAAACAAAACAAUCAUUGAAAAUAUCGAACUUCCCCAUACGCUUCUGUCAAGAUUCGACCUGAUCUUCCUCAUCCUCGACCCGCAGGACGAACUAUUUGACCGUCGUCUGGCUCGUCACUUGGUCUCUCUGUACUACCGCGACGAUGGUGAGGACGAGUCAGAGGCCCUGGACCUGACGGUGCUCAGGGACUACCUGUCGUAUGCACGCGAGUACGUCCACCCUAAGCUGUCUGAAGACGCCGCUCAGCGCCUCAUUGCUGCCUAUGUUGACAUGAGGAAGGUGGGUAGCGGCCGUGGCCAGGUCACAGCCUACCCUCGGCAACUGGAGUCGCUGAUCAGGCUUGCUGAGGCACACGCCAAAGUCCGUCUUGCUCACACUGUAGAAGUCGCUGAUGUCGAGGAAGCCUGGAGGCUUCAUCGAGAAGCCCUGAAGCAAUCGGCGACUGAUCCUCUCUCUGGCAAGAUAGAUGUCAGUAUCCUAACUACGGGCCAGAGCGCCGCGUCUCGUAAGCGACGUGUUGAAGUGGCGCAGGCGCUUAGGAAACUCCUGCAGACCAAGGGCAAGAGCGGCACGCACAACAUGCAGAAAAUAUACGGCGAACUCAAAGAGGCCUCGGAUAUUAUGAUCACGCGAGAAAUGUACGAGGAUGCACUGCGCGAUCUUCAAGACGACGACUUCCUCACAUGCGCAGGAAAAAGCACAAUCCGAGUUAUGGCUUAAGUUCUUCAUUCAUGAUACUGUCGAGUUGUUUAUACCGACCCGAAUAUUCAGGUGUUGACAGGCACAACAGUUUGUUGGGAAUAUAAGUGGCUACAAAUUUGUUGAUUUGCUAUACUAUUAAUUCCCUGCAAAUUGUUUGUUCGUCUCACGGGAACAUGAUUUGUUAUAAUCUUCGCUUCGUCAGAAAAAAAAUCUAAUGUAAUUUUGUGCAGUGACUGGAAAAGAAAGUAGCACACCUAGGUAAGGAACUGUCUAACAAUGCCAACGGCACCGUAGCUCCUUAUUCGCACUAUUAAUUCAUAGGAAAUAAUUUCGUAUUAAUAAUUUUCACGAAAACUAAAAUAUAUUUGAUUUACAUUG